AUAUGUGUGGUCCUUUCCUUAAACUUGAAACUCAUAAUUCACAACCAGCAUCACUGUUACUACUUGUUAUCCGUAUAGUUUUCUUUGUUUAUACUACGAUAUUGCUCGAAGAUUACAUACCUGGGAAGAUGGUUAAACCCUGUUGGAGAUUAGGUGCCAGUAUGGAGAGAAGUAAGAUCAAUCCCACAAAGAUUGAUGGCUUGACAUGGUAUAAAGAUCUUGGCCUUCACACCUUUGGAGAGUUUUCGAUGGCAAUGAUCCAAGCCAACAGUGUGAUGGAGGAUCAGUGCCAGAUCGAAUCAGGGCCACUGACAUUCAACAAUCCGACAGUUCAAGGCACGUUUGUUGGAGUCUAUGAUGGCCAUGGAGGUCCAGAGGCUUCCAGAUUCAUUGCAGACAACAUCUUCCCCAAGUUAAAAAAAUUUGCCUCUGAGGGUAGGGAGAUUUCAGAGCAGGUAAUCAGCAAAACCUUUGCAGAGACGGACAUAGAUUUUCUCAACACAGUGAAGAAGCAAUGGCCCACGAACCCACAGAUGGCAUCAGUGGGGUCUUGUUGCUUGGCAGGAGUGAUAUGCAAUGGAUUGGUGUAUAUUGCAAACGUGGGAGAUUCCAGAGCUGUGCUUGGCAGAUCUGAGAGAGGUGGAGUGAGAGCUGUUCAAUUAUCGGUAGAGCACAAUGCCAAUCUAGAGUCUGCAAGGCAAGAGCUAUGGUCAAUGCAUCCUAAUGACCCCAACAUUCUUGUGAUGAAGCAUCGGAUGUGGCGUGUGAAAGGCGUCAUCCAGGUAACAAGAUCCAUAGGUGACGCAUACCUCAAAAGAGCAGAGUUCAACAGAGAACCUUUGCUGCCCAAAUACAGACUAGCAGAACAUUUCACUAAACCAAUCCUUAGUGCGGAUCCAUCCGUCACCGUCACUCGGCUUACCUCAAAAGACGAGUUUAUGAUUCUUGGUUCAGAUGGGCUUUGGGAGCAUCUUAGCAACCAGGAAGCUGUUGAUAUCGUACAUAAUUCUCCGCGCCAAGGAAUAGCAAGGAGACUACUCAAAGCUGCCUUAAAGGAAGCAGCAAAGAAAAGAGAGAUGAGAUACACAGACCUAAAAGAGAUCCAUCCUGGUGUCAGAAGGCAUUUCCACGACGAUAUAACCGUUAUUGUGAUCUAUCUCAACCCCGAACCAGUCAACACCAAUGCGUGGGCUUCUCCUCUGUCAAUUAGAGGGGGGUACCCAAUGCAUUCAUCGUCAUGAACAAUUCUUGUAGCAACAACUCUUCCUAUGUCAAGGGAAAUAAAUUGGAGCCAGGGUCAAAGACGAACAAGUAGUAUAGCUAGAACGUUAUCAAAUUUAUGAGAGCUCUGAUAUAUUUUCAUUAAGAAAAUGAUGAAUUCUCAUGUCCCCUGUAUGCAAAUUAUACACGAGGGUACCUUAUAUAUAAGAUCAUCAAUGCCAAUGAUGCUAAAAAUUCGAACGGAAAUUACGUUGCAGCAUAUUGGCCUACUGUGAGUCUAUACCACAAAAUAACAGGUGUGAAUACAAAGAAAAUUAAAAAUAAGUAUCAAAACUAAACAUUACAUUCCCCUUUAUAAAAGUUUUCUGGCGCUUCAUUCAAAAUUAUCAGAAAGCAAGUAUCAACAAAGUUUUAUCUAAACUAUUACAGAAACAAAAGAGGUUGUGUAGCAACAGAAAGCCAAACAAAGUUCCAGUCCAGCGAACAUAGAUUCAUAAUCUGAGGCUCUCUUUUCUUCACUGCCAUAGAGACCGGAGAAAUGGAAACCAACACGUACCUCUAUAGUUCUAAUAAUGUCUUAAAUGACAAAGGAAUUCUGAAGUAGCAGCUUGAGAUGUCAUGAAAAUAAGCAACCAAAAAACGAUUCAAGGUUAUGGGAUCCAUUUAGCAUGCAUUAUUCGCAAUCAAGCACACAACAGCAGUAAACCAGCUAACUUUAGUAACCACUGACUAUGAUAAAAUAGACUUAUUGUUUCAAGAAGACGAAUUGGCACAACUCCAGUAAUCAACACUUACAAUUUAUAAAUAGCCUUCAACACACCAAAAAAAAA